GAGGGUGGAGCCCCGCACAGCAUGGAUGGCGCAGAACGAGGGCCUGGAGUUCUGGGACUUUCCGAUCUUUUGGGUCCGGCGCUGGGAGGCCUGGUUCAGAGCGAGUCUGAACACCCUGCGUGAGCUCUACAACCGGACCGAGGGGUUUCACAUUAGGCUGUGAAAUAUAUACGGUUGUGAUCUCUGGGAAGACAACACCACUUGGGGGUUUUACCAGGAUUCAUAUGACAGAUGAGACUUUCUUAACUUCGAUAAGGAGACCAUGACUUGGGUAGCUGCAGAUAUUGGGGCUCAGAUCACCAAGAGGAGAUGGGAGGCUGAAGUAUGUGACAACCAGCAGUGGAAAUGCUACCUGGAAGAGGAAUAUAUUCCCUGGCUAAGGAAUUCUCUAGAGUAUGGGAAGGAGACUCUUCAGAGGAAAGUGCACCCAACAGCUAAAGUGAGUGACAGGUCAUCUCACGAUGGCCUGACCACCCUCUCCUGUACGCUCAGUGGGUUCUACCCCGAGGACAUCACUGUGACCUGGCUGAAAAAUGGGGAGAGCAGACAGCAGGAGACCUACUCUGAAGGCAUCCUACGUGGGGAUGGGACCUACCAGACCUGGGUGACAAUGGAGAUUGAUCCCAAGAUCAAAGCCCAUUAUUCAUGCCAUGUGGAGCAUGAAAGCCUAUUAGAGCCACUCUCUGUCUCCUGGGAACCAAAUAACAAUCUGAUUCCCACUGUGGCUGGAGUUAUCACUGCAGUUGUCCUGAUUGGUGUUAUAAUUGGAGUAGUUAUCUGGAAAAAGAAAUGCCUAGGGAAGAAGGGAGAUGGCUACGCUGUAGCUCCAGCAAAUGACCAAGGAUCUAGUGGCUCUGACCUAUCUGCCAAGGCUUAACUGAGCCUGUUGGAGUCUGUGCCACAACCUGAGGGCACCCCAGAGUGGAAGAUGGAUGAGCUCUGCUCUGUCUCCCUACAAGAACCAAUCAACCUCUCCCUAGCUUUUCUCUGGCACUUGGAGUGUCCUGUGUGGGAUUUGUGGCCUCAUCUAUCUGCUCACUGAACCACUUUUGCUUUUCAGAUGUAAUAGUUUGCUGUAAUAAUGUUUUAUUUGCACAAAAUAAUUUCCAAAAUUUUAAUGGAUUAAAAACUCUUUUA